AUGGCUCAGAGGAGGGCUGCUGGUGGCUGCUGCUGCUCCAGGGCGCCCAUGAAUGAAGAUAACGCCCGUUUCUGCCUGCUGGCUGGGCUCAUCCUGCUCUACUUGUUGUGCGGGGCGGCGAUCUUCUCCGCUCUGGAGCAUCCCUUUGAGCUGCGUGCCCGCCGCCUCUGGAAGCAGCAACUGGAUAACUUCACCCAGAGAUACAGGGUCAACCUGGGCGCCCUGCACACUCUGCUGCGGCAGUACGAGGAGGCAAACGGAGCUGGGAUCAGAGUGGACGCCCUCAGGCCCCGCUGGGACUUUUCUGGAGCUUUCUACUUUGUGGGCACAGUGGUCUCCACUAUUGGCUUUGGCAUGACCACACCAGCAACCAUAGCUGGUAAAAUAUUCUUAAUCUUCUACGGUCUCAUCGGCUGUGCUGCCACCAUCCUCUUCUUCAACCUCUUCCUGGAGAGGAUCAUCACCAUGCUGGCUUACAUCAUGCGCUGGUGUCAUGAGCGGCGGCUGAGGUGUGCUGGAGUCGGGGUGGUGUCGAGCAGGGAGGAGUCGUCCGGCGAGGAGGACAGUCUGGAAGGCUGGAAACCGUCCGUCUACUACGUGAUGCUGAUCUUGGGUGUGGCGUCGGUGGUGAUUGCAUGCAGCGCCUCCACUCUGUACAGCUCCAUGGAGAACUGGAGCUACGUGGACUCCCUCUACUUCUGUUUUGUGGCCUUCAGCACCAUCGGCUUUGGGGACCUGGUGAGCAGUCAGAGGCAGCAGUAUGAGUCUCAGGAGGCCUACCGCCUUGGGAACUGUCUCUUCAUCCUGAUGGGGGUGUGCUGCAUCUACUCACUGUUCAACGUCAUUUCUAUUAUCAUCAAGCAAACUCUCACCUGGAUUGUGGGCAAACUGGUGUGCACGCCCUGCUCCUGCUCCAGACCUGGCUGCCGGUGGCUCUGCUGCCCCUGCCUCCAGAAAAAAAAACCCAACCGCCUGCGUCCGCCGGCUCACCUCAGACGCUUAAAACGCAACACCGUGCAGCCCAUGGCGUCCCACUGCCCCGCAGGAAGACACCGCUACAGGGACGGCUCGGUGGAGACGGUGUGUGACAGUGAGACAGAUGCAGGAGCGGUGGCUGACGGGGUUUACGUGGGACGCCGUCUGUCAGGAGAGAUGAUCUCUGUCAAUGAGUUCAUGGUGUCCAACAAAGUGUCUCUGGCUCUGCUGCAGAAGCAGCUGAGUGAAACGGCUCACCAGGGCCCACGGCAGUGCUACCAGAAUGGAUUCUCUGGUGGCGUGGGCGCUUUGGCCAUCAUGAAUAACCGCCUACAGGAAACCAGCGUGGAUAGGUAG